AGGAAUUUGUUCAUAAUGGGACCGGAUCAAACGAGACAUGGUUCAAGAUUCGCGAAGCAACAUAUUUGGAGAAUUUGAAAGAAUUCUUUCUUCUUUAGAAAAAGAUACUUCAGACUGAAGUGUCCAAAAGUAAACAGCAGUGAACAUAAUUCACCUUUGGCUUCAACCAGUAAAUACAAUACUAAAAUAGAACAUAUAAGGACUUCGUCGGUACUGUAACUCCAUAAAACUUCGCCCCGUGAAUAGAAAAACAAGAGUGCAAUUUCAAUAUGUCUGACUGCAUUCCAUUCGACAGCCAUCUCUAUAGUAACGUAUGGGAGCCAUUGGCAGAAUUAUUGAACCCGGAAAGUGGGAAGAACUGGAGAGCUUUGGCCCAUGAGCUUAAGUAUACAGUUUUACAGAUUAAGAAUUUGGAAACUCUGCAAAGAUGUGGGGGAAGCAAUACUUUGAAGUUGUUUGAAGAUUAUGUGAGAAGGGGUGAUCAACAUUCCUUAGAAGAAGUUCUUGAAGCUCUCACAAGAAUUGGGAGGAAAGACUGUAUUAGAAUCAUUGAAUCACAAAUUGAAAGUAUUCGCCAGGAAUAUAGGGAGAGGUCACAAUUAGAGCAACAACGCACAUUUACAACACAACAUUCAGGGGGCUCAGUCGAACAAAUAAGAGUCUCACCCUUGGAUUCCAAUCCUGGUGUUAAUGAUUCCAAAGGUUAUAGCCAGCUCAACCAGCAAGGACCACUCUCACCCUCUAAACAAUCUCCAGUUCAAGAUAAUACAGUAUCAUCUGGUAUUGGUGAACAGGUGAAUAAUAUUACAGAUAUUAACAGUUCAAGGGGUCUUCAGAAUAUGACUCAUAGUCCCAAUUUGGGGAUUAAUAACAAUAAUAAUGGUUGUCAUGGUAAUCAGAAUAUGACAGAUGCAUCGAAUAUUGGUGCGAAUGGACCAAGCACCCCCAAAGUUGCUAUUGAGCAUUCAGAGGGAUCUCGAAGAAUUCCCUAUUCAUCACAACUUUCCGUUACCAUGACAACACAAGAUGCUGUUAUUAAGCUAGUGGUGGAAAAUAAAGAUAAGUCUAACAAUACCGAAGAGGGACACCCUGGUCACCUUAAUGACAUUGCUCAUCAAGUAUCUCCAAUAAAUGCGCAACAGUCGCCCCAUAACAACGAGCCAGUACAAAAUAGUUACUCAUCAAUGAUGGAACUUUUAAACAAUGAAAAUAACACAGGUGACAACAGUAUACCAUUUUACAACCAGGGGGAUACUCAAAUGAAACAAUACAUCGAAAGUAAUGAAAAUGAAGUGCCCACAACAACUGCCAUUUUUACACCAUAUACAAAACCAUUGCGAUAUAAUAGUACGAGUGGUGGAUCAGUUACUGUGGUUAAGUCUAGCCCAUCCUAUCCUGAUAGUCCGAGGGGAGGCAUUCCAGUCCCGAUACUAAGUGAUCUGCCUAUUGACCUCCGUAGAGCUGAUCAUGAUAUUAAGCUUGAAGGGAAACCUCCAUGUGCCCACUCUGUAAAACAUGAGGCUGCAACAAGGGAUCAACAGCUUGGAUAUAUAGAAACAAAGUAUCAAAGUAAUUCAUUGGAAGGUAACGUUGUCACAACUAGCCCCAAAUUGAAUCCAUUACCCCCUAUGUCAUCAUUCUUAGUGCAGAGUCAUGAUAUGUCCAAUGUUGGGGCUGAGGUUGAGGUCACUCCACACAAUGACCUUAGCCCAACUAAACUGGAGGAAGCAAUGGAUAUUGACCCACCCUCAGAACUAGUUUCGUCUCCUGUGUUCCCCAACACAGAGGCUCAUAGCAACACCAAUAGUCUUGAUUUAGAAUCAAUGUACUCCAAUUUUUCUCCAUCAUCCAUAAAAAUAGAGAACUUUGGCUCUACUCUCGAAAGAAAUCUUAGCGGUAUGUCUAGCACUAGCAGUACAAAGGGCUACAAUGGUACCCUUUGGCAGUUGAAUCAUGCCACUGACCCACAAAACAUCAACCAGGGUUUGCAUGGUGACCCUAAUGUCGAUCAUACGAAAUAUGCUAUGAAACAACAAUCUUCAAGGCAACCUUACCAUAAACAAGCCCAAGCAUACAAAUAUGGGAUGUCAUCUCAGCACAACCAGGGUAUAGACCUAGUCGGAGUCCCAUAUCAACAAAAUGGACACGACCAAUAUCAAGCAACUAGGCAGGCUCCAGUCCAUACGAAUCAAGCCACAAAACACAAUCAGGUUAAAUCCAGAACUUCAGAGAAUCCAAAGCCAUUGCAGUAUGCAAACACUUUUCCCAAGUAUACAAGCCAUCCCUUGGUGGAGUCUUCAAAGAUUAGCCCUGCAGAAUCCACCCCAGGGAAUGUUGGCACAGGAACCCUUAGGAGAGUUUCAAGAGGUGCAAGGAUAUUGGUGACUUACUCUUGCGAUAACCCAGAGCAUGAGAAAAAUGUCCUGCAAUUAUGUAAGUGUCUCCGGGACAACGACUUUGCAUGUAGUGCUGAAAUGUUGGAGAGAUUCGUGGAAAGAAAUGAUUUAAAAGAUUGGCUGGACACAAGGUUUACAAAGGCUCAUAUAAUAAUUGUCUGUAUCUCGCCUAAAUAUGCUGCUGAUGUUAAAAAUCGCCAAAACAACAAUAAUGCACAAAAUCCCACACGCUAUCUCUAUCAGAAAAUGCUACGUGAAUACCAACAGCACCAAAAUAACAAUCUUCGCUUCGUUCCAUUGUUAUUUCCUGGUGGGGAUAUGAAGCAUGUCCCUUGCUGGAUGGCAACGCCACCUAUAACAGAUAAUAGCAGUCGUGCUAAAAAGUCACUCGUCCAUAGAUGGCCUCAUGGAUAUCGGGAUUUAUUCUUUCAUGUGGAACAGAGGUACUCUAAUUUGUAUAAGGACAGGGAACACAACAGAAAUGUCACCCAUUAAAAAAAGUUCAGUUCUAAGCUAAGACAUUGAACACCCAGUACCCAGGUCUUGAGCUAAGGGCCAGUCCACUGGUCAUUUGCUUAGUCACUUUUGAUACGGAACAGUUGAACAGCUAUAGGAAAAUAACAUGGCAACUGGUCCUUAAUACCAUUUUGACCAGUUGCUCUCAGAACCUAGCUCAACCC